AUGACUCGCGCGAAAUAUCAACGUUAUCUUCGUUCCAACGAUUUGACUCCGAAAGAGGAGCUUGAUAAUUUUCUUACCAAACACAUCAAAUACUUACAGAGGGAAAAAAAACGAGUUGAACAGUUCUUCAAAGAAAAUGGAAUAAACGGCGAAAAUUUAGAAACAAAUUUGGAAGAAUUAGAAAAAAUCAUUAAUGAAAGAGAUGAAUUAAAGGAGCGUAUAGACAAACUUAUUGAAGAAAGAAAUGAAUUUAAAAAGAGCAUAGACAAAAAUAAAAUUAUACAAAUAUUCGCGGCUCAAUUAAUAAGAAAUCUUCACAGAGAAAGGAAUCAAUUUAAAAAUCUGGUUGAAGAGCACCAACAAGAAAUCACUAGACUUCGCGAUCAAAACCAACGCCUUAGUUAUCACCUCGAAAUUGCGAGAAACUUUAACGGGAUUACGAUUGCUAAUCAAAAUAUACGAAUAAGAAAUUAA